CUCUUCCACGAGAUCGAUGGAGAUCCGAAACGAGGUGUCCUUUCAGCUGGAGGGGUUGCGGCCGGCCCAGCUCUGCGCCCUGCCCGCCCAGGGCUCCAUAGUGGUAGUGGGCUCCGCGGAGGAGCUCCAGUGUCUGGAUCUUACUUCCAGAACACUACUGAACACCACGAGACCCGAGCCAGCUCCGUCGCGACUACUCUGCUGUCACCACGAGAGAUCAGGGAAGCUGGUGAUGGUGGGAGGAGGGAGACUGGGAGCCCGGGGACCCAUUGGAGGCUCCAUGAUGAUAAAGACUCUUCUCCAGCCAGCCAGAGAGGAUAUGGAGGACUCCGUCUCCAUAGAGCUUUCUCUCUCGGAGGCAGAGGUGUUGUGGACUGAGCUGGAGAGGCAAGUCCUCCCCAGGAACUCUGACCUUCCAGCUGGGGCCAACAGCAAGCAGCUGACCUCCAGACUCGCCUCUGUUACCGCCCAGCUAGCCAGAGAGGUUCGCAGAGCCCUCGACAGAGAAGGCAAACAACCAGCAAACAAGUGGUGUACUGUGUCGUUUGAAGGUCCAGUUCAGCAGCUGUUUUCCCUCUUCGAACAUCUCCUGAAUCGACUCCGGGCAGUCCGGAGCCAAGGAUCCUACACUUGCCCCUCCUCCUCUGCCACUCCAUCUCCGGCCCUGCCUGUACUGGCAGCCGUCUGUCUCAGGCUCCGCCUCCUGCACCCUGACCUCUGCUCUCCGCUGCAGCAGCUGGCCGAGGGACGAGAGAUGAAGGAACAGAAGCUGGCAAACUGCGAGGCAGUCCGGAGACUUAGCCUCAAGAGAUGGCCUCACAAGGACUACCUGUGGGCAGCUCCGUCAGCCAUGGCGGAGGCAGGUUUCUUCCAGGUGGCCAACAACCCACCUCACCUGGCCACGUCAGCUGUGUUCAAGGGAGACAGAGUGACCUGUUUUGCCUGUCACGUCUACCUGUAUAACUGGGAACCUCACGAUGAGCCGUGGUCCGAACAUGAGAGACACGCCUUCCAGUGCCCCUUCAUGAGAGGAGACCCUACUGAGAAUGUUCCCCUCGAGGUGACUGAAGGGAGUCAUCCAGCUGUACAGGUAACUGCUGAGUCGGCAGACGAAAUUACGACCAUCGCUGUCUCGCCACAUUCCAACCUGGUUGCCGUGGCUACCAGACUAGGCAUCCUGAGUAUCUGGGACAUCGGUGGGAGUCUGUGUAUCCUGCCUCAUGCACAGCUGAGACUGGAGAGGAAGUCCCUUCAAUCAGUGUUGCAGGCCCACUACCCCAGAGACAGAGCUCCUGAGGAGAUAAGCAGUUUCUCAAUCACCUCUCUCUCCCUCCUCUCCUUCCCCGACGUCUCCCCCAGCACCCUCAUCACCGCACUCACCUCCACCACUCUCUCAGGCUCCACCCACUCAUUUAUCCUCGUCCACUCCGUGUUGGCUCCGCCCCCUGCCCCCCAGGACCCUCUGACCCCCACUCCACAAGAGGCUGACCCCUCGCAACUGAUUCCCCUGCUGGAGCAUGACAAGUUGUUUAACCUUGACCCCUCCCCGUCCACUCCUCCCCUCCUCUCCCACCUCACCACCGGCACAGAUGACACUCACGGCACACACCGAGGUGGCUCCCUCACUCUCCUCUCCCUCCUCCCCAUCUCCACCCUCCUCCCCGAUCUCCAUGGCAACCUGGAGGUGUGGCAGACACACCCACUGCCUACCUCGAGAUUGCUGGCAGUGUAUGUUGGAAGGCCACGCCCACCUAGUUCCACAGAGGUCAAAGAUGAUAUAAAUGAUGGUCCAUUUGGGUGUCUGAUGAUGUUGAAAUGUAAUGAGGCAGAAGAAGGGGGUGUGUCUUCUGUGCCUGAGGUGAGACGAGUGACAAUGGCGGAAGAGGAGGGCAUAGUGGACAUGUGUCACGUUGCCAUGGGAGACAGCGGUGCCAUGAGAGAGACGUUGGUUGUCGUGACAACAGGGGGAGAUUUUCAAAUUCUAGACGUGAACUCACUACAGGUGAUGGCUGUUCACAUGUCAGCUGGUGGGUGUGGCUUCACUCUCUGCACCGCUUGGAGUUCUUCCACUGGCAGCUGGGUUGCCGUGGCAACCAGAGAGGGGAGUAUGGAGGUUGUGAGGGUGUGUAGAGUGGGGGGAGGAGGAGCAGGGGGAGAAAUUCAAGUGUCACUCAUCAGCCAAAAGUGUGAGAUGGAGAGGUUGAGUUGUCCUCUGUUGGAUCAGCUCCUCUCACUGACAGAGACCUCGCCAGUGGGUGUGGUCUUCUCCGCCCCCUCCCCUCCGCAGUGGCGGGAGAUCAGUCUCCAGCAGUUCCAUCGCAAGGUCCCCACCCACAUGCACAGUGGGCGGGGCUCUGGAGACCACACCCACCACACCCGGGUGUGGCAGUAUCUCCCUCCCUCUUCUUCCACCACCCGACCAAUCAGUGGUGACUUUACAUUUGAGGUGUGUCUGCCAUCUGCCUGUCCUCCGCUGGGUUGUGUGAGUGUCUGUCUGUCUCUGCCGGCGCCUCGAUGUAUUGGAGACUCAGCAACCCUCUCCCUCCUCCUUCCUCUCCCUCAUCAUCGUGACGGAGGAGAGGCGACAGAUGAGAGGAGGACCGAAGCUCUGUGUGGACCCAUCUCCCUCAGACCUCUGGUUGAUGUGACUGGCUGUGUUGUACAGGUUUCCCUUGCCCAUCCUCUCCUCCUCUCCUCUCCUCCACCCUCCCUCCUCCUGAAACUACAACACUUGUUCCCCACCGACUAUUCCAGCGUCGUCAUGGCAACUGCCGAGGCCCACACACCUACACUGACCAAAGUGAUCCGUCGUCGUGGUUACAUGACAAGGCAUGUGGGGGGAGGACCCUAUCGACUACAGCAGCAAACGAGUGGGAGGAGUCGAGCAGUUCCUGACCAGUGUUACCUCGGUCUCUCACUCUUCCCUCUCUCCCUGGAGGGAGAUGGUGCCACAGAUCAGGACAACAUGGCUGCCAAUCGGGACACGAUGGUGGAUAAUCAGGACAAGAAGGAUGCCUCGGAUCAGGACAACAUGGCUGCCAAUCGGGACACGAUGGUGGAUAAUCAGGACAAGAAGGAUGCCUCGGAUCAGGACAGAAUGGCUGGCAAUCAAGAGGAGGAGAAUGUCGCAAAUCAGGAUAAACUAACAACCGACCAGGACACUAAUUAUUCCUCAGUUGAGGACAGAGACCCUAGUCCUGGUGCGGUGAAACUCUCCAUGACAGACCUGCUGAGACUGAAAGACAGCAGAGACUUUGUUCUAAACCUGGUUCUGGGAGCCUGUCGGUACCGGGUGGUGAGUCAGGAGAUGGUGACCCUGCCACAGUCCCUGCAGACGUUGGUGGAGGGUGCAGGGAGGGAGGGAGGGAGGGAGGUACAGGUGAGGAGUCUCAGACUGCUGUGCUGGCUGAGUCGUCUACUGGCUGCAGCCCCAGAGAGGGAGGAGGUAGAGACUGUGAGGGAAGCAGUGAGUCAGCUUCUCCUCUCUCUCCUCCAUGCCUGUUUCCUGACCAGCCACACCCGCCAGACAGCUCACUACUGCUCCAGACUUCUCGUCUCUCUCUUCAGUGGAGAGGAACUGCCGCAGAGCUCAGCCGACUUCACUCACAGUCUCCUGCGUUCCUUCCCUCUCCUCAUCCCUCUCCUCCCCCUCGCACCCUCCGCCGCCUGCGCCCAGUGGCUCCUCAGACUCGUCUCCAUGGUAACAGGAAGGUCACAUGAUUGUCAUGUGAUCCUGCAGCAGUGUCUGGUGGUACUAGUGGAGUUGGCCAGACAGCUAGAGGCAAAGGGUGGAGCUCUUUCUCAGCAACUCCAUGCCAACUAUGUCCACGAUGCGUCGGUUCUGGAUCAAUGGCUGUUCGACGUUCCUCUCUCCUACUACCAGAGGUCCAGUGUCCCCCUCGCCUCGCUCGCUGACAAGACCACACCCACCCCUGUACCCCAUCCCGCUCAACCCUCCCUCGCUCCCCCAUUCCCUCAUCCCUAUGGCUACGCACACCCAGCUGGUGCCACACCCCCUCCUCCGCAAACUUCCUCACUUCUCAGGUCCUUCCUCGGGGGCACCCCCCGGGGGGCCAAACUCCACCCCCCAGAACGGAGGUUCGUCCCCACAGGUCGUUGUUACCGACAAGAAGCACCACACAAUAUACGACGCUGAGCUCAAACUGCUCCUCGGGCCCCCGGCUUCCUCACCAGACGCCAUCCGAAACAUGCUCGCCGAGUUCCCUCCAUUUCACCACGGGUCCUUCCUCCUCUACCCCCAGCGAGGUCUUCUAGAGACACUCCCUCUGGAGUACUCCUGUUACUCCGUUACUCCAGAUGCCAGCGUCCGAGAGCCAAUGUAUCGCAGUCUCCAUUCCCUCUCCUCUCCCUCCUCCUCCUCCUCCUCCUCUCCAUCUCUGAAGUCAGAGAAGACGAAAACCUCGGGCUACUUUUACCCAACGUCUCCAAGUACAUUCCCCUCCUCUCACUCCUCCUCCCUGUCCUACAGGACACCCCACCCCUGUCCUAACGACCUCGUUAAGUCGGAGAUUAUCCCGCGAGAACUGGUGUUGGUGAUAGACUCCCUCCAGUCGGGGAAGGUGUAUUCUGCGGUGCUGCAGUUCAACCAGCCGGUAUACCUGACCGACCUGAGCAUCUCCACCAAUGCAGCGGUGGGUUGUGUGAGUGUGGAGGUGUGGAGAGGGGAGGGAGGGGAGGGGAGAGCGGUGCGGGUGGCUCAGUCCACUGAGAUUCAGGAGAGGAACCUCAUGUUGGGGAACAUCAGCCCACCUCCUCUCUGCCAGUUUAUCAGGGUGACCUACACGGGAAGACUGGGAGCUGCGAGAGAGAGAGCCCAGGUGUUCCUCGGAGCCUACUACGGCGUCCCUCUCCUGACCCCCCAAGACCCCCAGGGGCCACAAAUUCUGCCCCCUAUAGAGCAGGUCCUGCUCUCCAGGUAUCAGGAGACGAGACAAGACCUUGUGUCGGCCCUGAAGACCGCUGGCGAGGAUCCUCACGACAAGGAACGCAUUAGGGAGAAGUACCAGGCGUGUUUCCUGGCACAAACAAGGCUCGCAAGACUCAGACACUACAUGAGAGCCGUGGGGGAAGCCCCUAGCGUAAUUGGCGGGGUGUUCAGUCUUCAGGAAGCAGCUGCCGCAGUGGACUACUCAUCUCUGUCUCGGAGCCAGAUGUACCGACUGGCUGGUUGCCUGGUGAACACUGUGUUGAUCCUGGCUGGUCCCGGGGAAGAGAGACAGGGGGACACCGCUGUUUUUACUGCUCCCCUGGCUGGAGACCAGCUGCCUCACGUGACAGAGGAGGAGUGCCGGCUGCUCUUCUCCUCUUUCUGUGUCCACGGCGUCCUGAGAGUCCAGGCCAGGGCCUGCGCCCUCCUCCUGCGGCUGUGUGGGGCACAGCCUUGGUGGGGGGAGAUGGUCGUCUCCACUGCCUCCG